GUACUACCUGCAGCCCCAGUGGGUUUUUGACUCGGUCAACGCCAAGCUGUGCCUGCCCGUGGCCGAUUAUUUCCCCGGGCUCCUGCUGCCCCCGCACCUCUCGCCCUUCGUGACGGAGAAGGAGGGUGACUACGUCCCUCCCGAGAAGCUGAAGCUGCUGGCCCUGCAGAGGGGAGAGAACCCAGAGGAAGAGAGUGAAGAGGAGGAGGAGGAAGAAGAGGAGGAAGAGGAAGGUGACAAUGACAAAGAAGAGGAGGAAGAGGAAGAUGAGUCUGAGAAAGAAGAGGAGAUGAAAUUACAGAAGAUAGAAGAGCAAAAGAUGGAAGAGCAGAAGACUCAGAGCACGCAGAGCAAAAAGGUGCUCCCUGUGAAGGUGACAGCGGGGAAGGUGCGGCUGGAGGACAAGCAGCGCCUGGAGCAGGAGCAGCAGCAGGAGGAGAAGCGCUUGGCCAUCAUGAUGAUGAAGAAGAGGGAGAAGUACCUGUACAAGAAGAUCAUGUUCGGGAAGAAGCGCAAAAUCCGCGAGGCCAACAAACUGGCUGAGAAGAGGAAAGCCCACGAUGCAGCCCUCAAGGAGCAGAAGAAGAAGAACAAGAAGGCGCGGCAAGCGUGACGGGGCCGAGGGCUCCUCGAUGGUUUUCCACUGUUGCCUUUGGGUGGAAAACCCCUGGCUUUGCUCCUGGGGCAGAAAUGCUGUGUUUGAAACGUUUCCCAUCUGUAAAUCCACCUGCUGCUCUGCCUUUGCCCCGCUCCUCUCUGCGGAGUCGGUGUUACAAGGACUGUCCUCUCCCUGUUGGUGCCACCUCUGUGUGAGGAAGAGGAGGCCAAGGAGAGCUCUGGGAUUGUUCCAUGUGAAUUUGCACAGCCCUGGCUGCUGGAGCCUGGCUCCCAGAGCUCCCCGGGGCAGAGGAGUGUGGAGCCCAGAGCUGCUUCCCAGUGUCCACACAGAAAACCAUAUUCCCCUGUAUUUUUAUUUUUAAUUAAAGAAGGUGAUGCUUCUC